GUCAAGUGAACGCGUCUGCAUCAUUUGGACGUCAUUUGUGAACAUAUAAAACAUCAACGUUAGAGAAUGAACAGUUUCGAAUUUCUGCCGAAUCAGAUUCCAUAGGGCAUCACAGCUACUACAACAAUGGCAAGUCUACAACCGUCACGGCUCAUAUUCAAAUGUGUAUGCUACAUCCUACUGAUAGCAAUCGUUUAUGGUCAGGGUUGUCCCCCUUGCAAUUGUACCUACGACCAUCAUCAAGUAUAUGUGAACUGCUCCAACCGGAAUCUUACAAGCGUUCCCAAGGGUUUACCAACAUCAACCACAAUGCUAUUUCUCAAUGGAAACAACAUAAAGACAAUAGGACCAAAAGCAUUUUCAACAAUGAGAAAUCUUCAAUAUCUAUAUAUUGAGAGAAACUCUCUUGUUAGCCUACAUGAAUUGGCCUUUCAUGGUCUUGACAACCUCGUCAAUCUGAGCUUAAAACUCAACGACCUCAAACUAAAUUCAAAAACCUACAAAACCAAUCUCUUCAAGCCACUACAUAAACUUCAGGUUCUUAACAUACAGUUCAAUCAGAUGACAACAUGGCCUGGAGAUGACAGUCAACGUAUAGCCUACCCUGAUGCCUCGUUUCAACAUCUGUCUCGACUUACUCACCUUUACAUCGAUGGUCGUCCAACAGACUUUGGACCAGGAUUUGCCAAACUUUUCAAGCUUUCUCUUCUCGCCUUCACGCCAUACACUAACUAUUGCAAACUGACUUUACAAAACUCAACCUUUAUAAACGUACCCAAUGUGGAAUAUCUCUACAUGACCUACUGCCAAAUCAGAGAAGCAGAACCAUUAACAUUUUCUCCUUUUUAUCGUAUCCAUACACUUGACGUGUCACAAAAUUGGGAAUUGGGAUUUCCUGAAUUUGCUAAAGCAACGUAUGGGCUCCGUGAUUCCUCCAUACAAAUCCUGAAAAUGAACGGUAUUUCUCCAUUAUCUGGAUCUUGUUAUCAACUGCGGAGAAACGAUUUUGUUCACUUAAAGAAUACCUCACUGCGGGAACUUCACAUUUCUGGCAAUGGACUCAUUGACUUCGAAAAAGGAACCAUUUUGAACUUACCUGAAACUCUACAGAUGCUGGUGGCCAGAUGGAAUAGGUUUUACCUUGGUCAAUACUUGUUGGAAAUGUCUCAAGGAAAGUCACUCCGAAUUCUGGAUAUCUCACACAUGAAAGGAUUGGCGAGUAGAGACGUCAGACAAGAUAACCCUUCCACUCAUGUGUCAGUACCCAGUAUGUUCCCUUUUCCACCAAACCUUCAAGUCUUAAAAUUAUCAUUCUGUAGCCUGAAAUUAAGCCUCACUGGUGAUUAUCUGAUGAAAAACGAUUUGAGAAGCAUUACUCUGAAUGGUAAUUUGAUUGAUUGUGUUAUGGGACAGACUCAUGGUUUUGAAAACGUUGAACAUUUUGAUUUCUCAAACAAUAUCUUGGAGUGGCACGAUUCAAGUUUCUAUGGUAUUGACAAUCGUGUGAAAUAUCUCAACCUUUCCAGAAACUUUCUUGGAAAUAUGAUAGAUGAAGAUGACAAGGGUAAUACUUUCAGUCAACUGGUUAACUUGACAGAUUUGGAUAUAUCUCAAAACAGAAUCAAAUACUUACCAAAGGCUAUUUUUAGAAAUCUUACAAAUAUACAAUAUCUCAGAAUUAAUAACAACAGUAUAAGAACAAUUGAUGCUCAAAUCAAACACUUGUCGCAUCUUAAAUUAUUUGACGUAAGCCAUAAUGGCCUCCUCAAAAUGCCUGUAAACAUUCUUCAAGAACUGGACACAUUAUCACAUGUUUCUGUCCGUCUGAGAGGAAACCCACUUACCUGCAUAUGCUCUUCCCUCGAAUCCCUUCGCUGGAUGAACAGACUUGCUGAUAACAUCGAAGACAUGGAAUCAAUUACGUGUAUAAUGAAAAAUGGGAAGAUCAACAAUUUGAAAAACCUAGAUUCCAUAAUUAUCAAUUUGGAUAAAGAAUGCCGUUCAAGUGGUCUUACUACUGUCAUGACAAUGUCUAUUCUCUUGAUAAUAAUGGUCGGAAUAGGAUUAGGAGCAGGGUAUCGUCAUAGGUGGAAACUGAAAUACCUGUACUAUGUCGGGAGAAGAAAGUAUCGGGAACUGGAGAAUACUGACCAAGAUGACCAGGAGUACCAAUAUGAUGCCUUUGUGUCAUAUGCAGACACAGACAGAUGCUUGGUUAUAGAGGGAAUGAUAUCGGAACUGGAAGACAAAGCUGGACUUCGAUUGUGCAUUCAUCAUCGGGACUUUCUUCCAGGGGAGGUUAUUGCUUCAAACAUUGUCAACGCAAUACAGAACAGCCGCAAAACCUUGAUUGUUUUGUCUCCCGCUUUCCUGAAGAGUCACUGGUGUGAUUUUGAGUACAACAUGGCGCGGAUGGAGGGUGUCUCCAGGAGACAGAACAUCGUGCUGGUGGUGCUGUAUGAGCCUGUUGACAUGAAGGAUCUACCCAAGGACAUGGCAGUCAUGUUGUCCACCAACUGUUACUUGGAGUACAACACAGAUGUGUAUGGCAGUGUUGUAUUCUGGAACAGUUUACGUGAAUCUAUUACCACUGUUAAUAAAAUCGACUGAAACACAGCAGAUAUAACUCCUUGAUUGAAUAUAGAUUUAGCCAUAUAUUUAUGGUGUGCCAAGGCAGUUUAUAUAGUGUUCAAAUACAUCACGAUCUAUACUGUGACACCUUCUUAAAUUAAAGAGCUUUUUUUACCACAACCGACAGUGUUGUCGAUCCCUGUCUAUGUAUUAACUUGCAGCUUCUAAUUCGGUGCAUGUGUUUCCUUGUAGAUUUGGUCCGCCACUAUGCUUUUAGAUUUCGAUACUGCACCCAACUGUAAUACAGGUUACUUGCAAUGAGGAAAUACAGCUAACAAUACUUUUUUAUUAUUUUUAUGAAUUAUGUUAUGCAUAUUUGUGAUAUGAUAACUAUGAGUAUUAAUACUGUUUUAAAUAAACUGUGUGCACACAAUUAUUAAACAGAUAUUAUUCUUGA